AUGUCAGAAGAUCAAGACGUUUCAAGCUCACUCAAGAACCUGUCAAUCGACACAAAGGACGAGCCCUCGGUGUUGUUCAAGAAAUCAGCAGCCAAAAAGAAGACCAAGAAGGUCGUUGCAGACUCAUGGGAAGACUCCGACUCCGACUCCGAGGCAGAGCCUGAAGCCGAGUCAGAGUCAAAUAAGCCAACUCCCACUGCGACACCUGCACCGCCUCCCCUGACGCCCAUGUCCCCCGCCGGUGGCUUACCAUGGGAGUCACCUUCAGGAAGUUCCGGCCGUCGCGCUGGAGCAGACCCGGACAAACGGCCUGAGAAGACAGAUGCAGUGGCUCGUCGUAUGAUCGCUGCUGGACUAGGCCUCAAGGCACCAAAGCAGACGGAGGAGCAAAGGGCGUACCAGAGGAGUGUUCGUGAGCAGGAGAAGAAGAGGAGGGAACAGGAGAAAGAGGAGGAAAAGAAACGGCAGGCUGAUGUUGAGAAGGCAAAGGCAGCUAUUUGGGACGAUUAA